GCGCCAUAUCUGCAAGGGAGGCAGUGAAGAAGGGGGAGAUGACCAUGGUGCAGUGGUGGUCGUGGCACAGCACCGAGUACCUGAGCUUGCCACCCUCGCAUGCCGGGUGCUCACUCAGCCCGUCUCGGCUUCCCCAUGCGAACAUGGCUGGGCACAGUGGGAAGGCGUCCACACCGCCCGCUGCAACCGGCUCAGGUCCGCUGCGGACCUCGUCUACAUUGCGCACAACUGGAACGAUGUGCGCAAUUGGUACAAUAAGGAUGGGGACAGCACGGUUAUGCCCGGUAACAUCCCGUAUGCCCCUAUCCCCCCUAGCUAUAACAUGGAUGAGGAGGAGGAUGACAUGCUGGGGGCGGAAGGAGAGGAUGCAGUUCUGGCGGAUGAGUAUGGGGAAGGGGCGGUACGUCGCCCCGGCAAGGGCAAAGGGGGCAAGGGCGCUGGAGGGGCUGGCGGGGGCAGUGAAGGUGGCGGUGGAGGCAAUGGAGGGGGUGGGGAUGGUGGUGGGAGUGGUGGCCGGGGUGGAGGUGUAGGUGGCGGCAGUGGAGGCGGAGGCGGAGGCGGCGGUGGCGGAGGCGGCGGUGGCGGUGGCGGUGGGAUGGAGGUGGCGGCGGUGGAGGAGGAGGCGGCGGAGGAGGUGGAGCUGGUCGGGGUAGCUGCGUCGGGUGUGUCCCAGCAGUAG